UUAUAAGUGUAUUUCAUAACAACAACAACAACAAUAACAACAACAGCAAUAGACCAAAUAAAUUUCCUGUUUUGUUCUCAAUAUGUCUAGUUUGGCUUAUGGUAGAUAUUAUGUCCUAAUUAGCAGCCCCAAUGGCAAACUUAAGCUCUUUCGCAGUUUUUACAAUCCCAUUAGCCAGGAUAUUCUCGAUGCUGCUUCUGAAAUUGGCAUCCAUGGCAAAUAUUUAUUAAAUGCCGAAAAUAAUGCAGUAAUCGGUGAUACAUAUGCCCUACGCUAUGUCCUCGAUAAAAAACAAAUGCUUAUAGUAACCGAUUCAUUAGACGACAUAGUGAAGACGGCGCCAGAACAUAUCACCCUUAAAAGGGCAACUAAGGGUGAAUCGACAACGGAUGAGGAUUUGUUUGAGAAAACUGUUGAUAUACAAAUUGAAUUGUCGGACAAAUUGACAGAAUUGCGUUCACAAUUUAGUUCUGUUUUGGGCUCGUUUACCAAUUUUCUACAGGAUUUUGCCAAAACCCAGACUGGACAGGAAGACGAGAUUAUAUAAUUUAUUUUAGAAAUGUAUAAAUCACUUACAAAAUAGAAUUAACAAAAUAGAAAUAGCA